ACUUGUUAAAGAAGAUAUAAACAACAACGUUAUAAAUGUCUGCGCCCACGUGAAAACACAUGUUCUAUUGGGAGGCACAUUUUGAAUCCAUUUCAAGACAGGGGCAGACCGAUAAUGGAGGGAAUUCCUUACAAACGGAAGAAAUUCGAUGAUAAUUUCGAUGAAUCUCGGAGUAUUACGAGCGAUGUUGAUGAACAGACCAAACCCACAGACAGCCAGGACAAAGAGUAUUUCCAAAGUUAUGCAGAUGUUGGGAUCCAUGAAGACAUGUUAAAUGAUGCGGUUAGAACAAACGCUUACAGAUAUGCCAUAUUGAAGAACUACGAGAAGAUCAGAGGAAAAGUAGUGGCAGAUGUUGGGGCGGGCACAGGGAUACUAAGCGUGUUUUGUGUACAGGCCGGGGCAAAAAAAGUUUAUGCCAUAGAAGGAAGCGCUCUGGCCACACAAACUCGACUUGUUGUUGCAGAAAACAAAAUGUCCGAUAGAAUCACUGUGAUACAAGGCAGGGCAGAGGAUGUCAGCUUGCCGGAAAAGGUUGAUGUUAUUGUCAGUGAAUGGAUGGGCUAUGCUUUGUUUUAUGAGUCUAUGUUACCGUCCGUGCUAUACAUCAGAGAUCAAUGGAUGAAAAAGAAAUUGUUUAGUCACACUUACAGUUUUGUUUUUAAAUUCUUUAGACUGGAGUUCUGGGGUACCAUGAAAGAGAAGUAUAAAGUGUCUAUGGAGUGCAUGAAAAGCUAUUCCAGGCAGCGCAUGUCGUGUGGCGCCCACGUACGGUGCUUAUCACCGGAAGACAUCAUAUCCCAUGGGUACCCGAUUGUGAACUUUGACCUUCAUACAGUAUCGAAGGGAGAAAUCACGAUAUUCAGAGACACCCACUGGGGACAGACGUUGUUUUAUAACGAGGCGGAAAAGGCAGUAAAAGCAAGACACAGCGAUCCGCGGAGAACUAUGUAUGAAACCAAACAAAAACAAACAAGGGUAAACAAAACCCAAUGGUAA